AUGAGCCGACUUCCCCCAAGCAUGUGGUGUGAUCGUCCGAUUGGUUAUAACUCAUCUUAUCCAUUAAGAUGCUGGGUGCUUCUGUCUGAUUGGUCAGCUCUUGAUCCAAUCCGUUUCUGCAUCUCUCCACUUGCUUCUCAUCCACUCCUGAAGCUUCUCCUCUCUCUCAGUGCUGGGUGUCUCUCCCUGAUAGCAUUAGGUCUUCUUGGAGUUUAUCCACGCCCUCUCUCCUCCAUAGCAGCUGGUGUCGUUGCCCAAUUGGUUUAG